UGUGCCACUGUAGGAUCCACUGACUGGCCUCAGACAUGGCACGUCUGGUCCUCCCUGUCCUCCUCCUUCUUUGCUUCUCCUUGCUCCAUUUCAGCUCCAGCCGUCCAUCUCGCACCAGGAAGGCUGUGUCAUCUCGUAAGUCUGGAGCUGCAGAAGAGGGUGAUGUCAAGUCCCAGCUCGAGAGAUUGUGGCAGGAGGUGAACUCACUGAAGGAGAUGCAGGCGUUGCAGACAGUCUGUCUCCGUGGCAUCAAAGCUCACAGAAAAUGUUAUCUCACAAUUGAGGAGCCCAAACAUUACCAUGAAGCAAAUGAAGACUGCAUUGCACAGGGAGGAACUCUUGCAACGCCCCGGGACAUGAUGGAAAACAAUGAACUGAGAGACUAUGCAAAGAGGAGCGCUCCAGGAUCCAAGGACUUCUGGAUCGGUGUAGCAGACAUAGUGAAAGAGGGCCAGUAUGUUGAUGUCAACAGUCUGCCAGUCAGCUACUUUAACUGGGACCGCUCCAAGAAGCAGCCCACAGGAACGAAGAGGGAGAGCUGUGUUGCUCUCUCAGUGGCUGCACAAGGAAAGUGGUACGAUGAGGUGUGUCGCAGCCUCAAAAAGUACAUCUGUGAAUAUGUCAUUCCCUAA